ACAUAUAUACCAAUGGAUUUUCAAGAAUCCAAUAACACAGGUUAUUGGGGYAAACCUACAGCUACCAUUGAUUGGUGUGAGAAAAAUUAUGAAGUAAAUUACUAUGUGGCUGAAAUGUGGAACACUAUCAGUAACUUAAUGAUGAUAAUACCUCCAUUAUGGGGUAUUUGGGACAUGAAAAAACAAAAAUUUGCUCAAAGAUUUUUUUUUUGUUAUUCAUUCAUUCUGGUGGUUGGUUUUGGCAGUUUGGCAUUUCACAUGACACUUUUGUAUGAAAUGCAGUUAUUUGAUGAAUUACCAAUGGUUUGGGGAACAUGUUAUUGUGUUUAUUGCUUAUCAAUAGUAAAACAUGAUAUGAAAUCUAAGACUAUUCCAAAUAAAUUGUUACUAUUAAUAUUGAUAACUAUAAGUAUUGGAUUUGCAAUAAUCUAUCUAGCUUGGCCACAACCUUUACUGCAACAUUUUUGUUAUGGUAUACUAGUUGCUAUAUCCUUAGCACAAGAAAUCAAAUUAAUAUUAGAAUUUAAAUGUGCUGUUUGCAAACGUAUGUUUAUUGUCGCAAUAGCAUUGUACCUGUUUGGGUUUUUUUUGUGGAACAUAGAUAAUAUACUCUGCAAAAAUAUUACGGUCCUAAGAGAACAGAUUCCAAUGUUUCUUCAACCAUUCACUCAGAUGCAUGCCUGGUGGCAUAUAUUUGCUGGCUAUGGAGUUUAUAUUCAAGUUCUAUUUUGUAUUCACAGCACAUAUGAUUACCAUAAAAAAUAUAAACAAUCAAGUAUACUUUUACCAGAGCAUAUGUAUUUUAGUAUACGUUGGCAAAAAACUACAAAAAGUUAUUAAUCUUUCAAUAUAAGUCUAUAGUAAACAAGUAUUAUAUUAUUUUUUGUUACAAUAUACUCAUUGUACUUGUAUGUAUUUUGUUAAAACGAAUACAGUAUUUAGAUACCAAUUCAAAAUUAGAUUAUUACAUUUUU